AUGACCGACUCGACCCGCGGGGCGGAGCAGGUAUCGAAGUACCGGCAGUAUGAGUACCGCGCCAACUCCAACCUCGUGCUGACAACCGGAGACCACCGCCCGCGCGUCGACGAGCCGUCGGGCGAGCCGGAGAGCCUGAAGGACUAUCUGACGGGCACCAAAUUCGGUGACAAGGUAGUGCACGCGAAGCCCGACACGGGCGGCGCCGGGACGAAGCGCAAGAAGGACGAUGCUGCCGCCGCCGCCAAGCGCAGCCGGCGCGAGGAGGCGAAGCAGUCGGUGCUCGGUCUCGGAGACGACAUGGACUCGUACCGGCCGCGGUCGCGCGAGACGCGACAAGCGUACGAGGACCUGCUGCACCUCCUCUCUUCCCAGCUCGGCGACCAGCCGCACGACAUCCUUCGCGGGGCGGCGGACGAGGUGCUCGCCGUGCUGAAGGACGACGGCCUGACCGACCCGGAUCGCAAGCGCGAGAUCGAGAAGCUUGUCAACUCGCUGCCGCAAGAGACGUUCGGGCGGCUGGUGGGGGCGGGCAAGCGAAUCACCGACUACGUGGCGGAGGACGCGACGGGCAACGAGAAGCUCGACGACGAGCUCGGCGUCGCGGACGACGACGAGAACCCCGAGGACGAGCACCGCACCAAGGGCAACGACGACAUGGUCGGCGUCGUGGAGGAGGAGGACGACGACGCCGACGGGCUCGUCGAGACGCGGCAGGAGCGCGAGCUCGCGGGCGGCAUCGCGGACGAGGGCGAGGCGGCCAAGGCGGAGGAGGACGAGCUCCCCGUCGACACCAUCGACGCCUACUGGCUCCAGCGCGAGUGCGGCAAGUACUUCUCCGACCCGCUCGUCGCCCAAAAGGUGUCGGAGGACGUCCUCCUCGCGCUCACCGAGGCGGAAGAGCGCGACUGCGAGAACAAGCUCGUCAUCCUGCUCGACUACGACAAGUUCGAGCUCAUCCGGAGGCUGCUCAAGCACCGCUGGCGCAUCGCUGUCUGCACGCGGCUGGCGCAGGCGCAGUCCGAGGCGGCCAAGCAGGCGCUGCUCCGCGAGUGUGGCGAGUCCAAGGAGGCGGCCGAGGUGCUCUCGGACCUCGCCGCCGCGCGCGACAAGACGGACGAGAUCUUCACCGAGACGAAGCAGCUCGAGGCGCGCGUGCGCAAGGAGACGGCCGACCUCGCGCGCAUGCGCAAGGCGGAGGCGGAGGCGUCUGUCCUCACGGCCGACAUGCUCGCGGCGGUGCCAGAGGCGGGCAAGGCGCGCGUCGGCCGAAACACGCUCGACCUGGAGGCGAUCACCUUCGCCGCGGGCGGCCACCUGAUGGCCAACCGCAAGUGCCACCUGCCGCCCGGCUCGUUCCGCGUCGCCAAGAAGGGAUACGAGGAGGUGCACGUGCCCGCGCUCAAGGCGAAGCCCUUCACCGACGGCGAGGCGCUCGUCCGGAUCGACGACAUGCCGGCAUGGGCGCGGCCCGCCUUCGGAGGGAUGUCGUCGCUCAACCGCGUGCAGUCGCGCGUGUACGACUGCGCGCUCUUCUCGGCGGAGAACAUGCUGCUCUGCGCGCCGACCGGCGCCGGCAAGACAAACGUCGCGAUGCUCACGCUGCUGCACGAGAUCGGGCUGCACCGCCAGCCCGACGGCUCGUUCGACCUCGACGCCUUCAAGAUCGUGUACGUGGCGCCGAUGAAGGCGCUCGUGCAGGAGAUGGUGCUCAACUUUGGGAAGCGGCUCGAGCCGUUCGGCAUCACCGUCAACGAGCUCACCGGGGACCAGCAGCUCACCAAGGAGCAGAUCGCGCAGACGCAGCUCAUCGUCACGACGCCCGAGAAGUGGGACAUCAUCACGCGCAAGGCGGGGGACCGGACGUACACGCAGCUGGUGCGGCUGGUCAUCAUCGACGAGAUCCACCUGCUGCACGACCACCGCGGGCCGGUGCUCGAGUCCAUCGUCGCGCGCACCAUCCGCCAGAUCGAGACGACGCAGGAGAUGAUCCGCGUCGUCGGCCUGUCGGCCACGCUGCCAAACUACGAGGACGUGGCCACCUUCCUGCGCGUCAAGCCGGACAAGGGCCUCUUCUACUUUGACAACUCGUUCCGGCCGGUGCCGCUCGAGCAGCAGUACAUCGGCAUCACCGAGAAGAAGGCGAUCAAGCGCUUCCAGCUGAUGAACGACAUCGUCUACCAAAAGACGCUCGAGCAGGCGGGCACCAACCAGGUGCUCGUCUUUGUGCACUCGCGCAAGGAGUGCGCCAAGACCGCCAAGGCGAUCCGCGACACGGCGCUGCACGAGGACACGCUCAUCAACUUCCUGCGCGAGGACUCGGCCUCUCGCGAGAUCCUGCAGACCGAGGCCGAGGGCGUCAAGAGCCGCGAGCUCGCCGACCUGCUGCCGUACGGCUUCGCCAUCCACCACGCGGGCAUGACGCGCGCCGACCGCACGCUCGUCGAGGACCUGUUCGGCGACGGACACAUCCAGGCGCUCCCUGUGCUCGUCUCGACGGCGACGCUCGCGUGGGGCGUCAACCUGCCCGCCCACACCGUCAUCAUCAAGGGGACGCAGGUGUACUCGCCCGAGAAGGGGUCGUGGACCGAGCUCUCGAUGAUGGACGUGAUGCAGAUGCUCGGCCGCGCGGGCCGGCCGCAGUACGUCAACCGCGCCGACGAGAAGGGCGUCGGCAUCAUCCUCACGACGCACAACGAGCUGCAGUACUACCUCUCGCUGCUCAACCAGCAGCUGCCGAUCGAGUCGCAGUACGUGGGCAAGCUGGCCGACAACCUCAACGCCGAGAUCGUCCUCGGCACGGUGCAGAACGCGCACGAGGCCGUCAACUGGCUCGGCUACACCUACCUGUACGCGUCCGACCCGCUGCUCGAGCAGCGGCGCAUCGACAUGGUCCACUCCGCCGCGACGCAGCUCGACAAGACGGCGCUCAUCAAGUACGAGCGAAAGUCGGGCCAGUUCCAGCCCACCGACCUCGGGCGGGUCGCCGCGUACUACUACGUCGGCGCGUCGACCAUCUCGGUGUACAACGAGCACCUCAAGCCCACCCUCUCCGACAUCGAGCUCCUCCGCCUCUUCUCGCUCUCCAAGGACUUCUCCAACCUGACGGUGCGCGAGGAGGAGAAGCAGGAGCUGAUGCGGCUCGUCGAGCGCGUCCCGAUCCCCGAGGGGGUCGACGAGCCCUCGGCCAAGACGAACGUGCUGCUGCAGGCCUACAUCUCGCAGCUCAAGCUCGACGGCUUCUCGCUCCUCUCCGACAUGACCUACAUCACCCAGUCGGCGGCGCGGCUCAUGCGCUGCAUCCACGAGAUCGUGCUCAAGCGCGGCUGGGCGGCGCUCGCCGAGCGCGUGCUCAACUUUUGCAAGAUGAUCGACCGGCGCAUGUGGCUCUCGCAGACGCCGCUGCGCCAGUUCAAGAACAUCCCCGAGGACAUCAUCAAGAAGAUCGAGCGCAAGGACUUCCCUUGGGAGCGCUUCUACGACCUCGCGCCGCAGGAGAUUGGCGAGCUCAUCCGCUUCCCGAAGAUGGGCAAGGCCAUCUACCGCUUCGUCCACCAGUUCCCGCGGCUCGAGCUCUCGGCGCACGUGCAGCCGAUCACGCGCACCGUGCUGCGCGUCGAGCUCACAAUCACGCCCGACUUCCAGUUCGAGCCCAAGGUGCACGGCACCGCCGAGCCCUUUUACGUGCUCGUCGAGGACGUCGACCAGGAGCACGUCCUCCACUCGGAGCUCUUCCUCCUCAAGGCCAAGUUCGCCGAGGACGACCACUCGCUCACCUUCACCAUCCCGAUCUACGACCCGCUGCCGCCGCAGUACUUUGUUCGCGUCGUCUCGGACCGCUGGCUCGGGUGCGAGGCGACGCUGCCGAUCUCGUUCCGCCACCUCAUCCUGCCGGAGAAGUACCCGCCGCACACGGAGCUCCUCGACCUGCAGCCGCUGCCCGUCUCCGCGCUCGGCGCCUACGCCUCGCUCUACGAGGGCGCCUUCUCGCACUUCAACCCCAUCCAGACGCAAACCUUCUCCACCCUCUUCGCCGGCGACGAGAAUGUGCUCAUCGGCGCGCCCACCGGCUCGGGCAAGACCAUCUGCGCCGAGUUCGCCUACCUGCGGCUGCUGCAGACUAACCCGGCCGGCCGCUGCGUCUACAUCGCGCCGCUGCAGUCGCUCGCCGACGAGCGGUACGCCGAGUGGAGCCGCACCCUCGGCGCGCUCGAGGGCGUGCGCGUCGUGCAGCUCACCGGCGAGACGGCGAGCGACCUGAAGCUGCUCGAGCGCGGCACGCUCAUCGUCGCGACGCCGCACCAGUGGGACUUGCUCUCGCGCCGGUGGAAGCAGCGCAAGAACGUGCAGAGCGUCGCGCUGCUGCUGGUCGACGAGAUGCACCUCAUCGGCGGCGAGGUCGGCCCCGUCCUCGAGGUGGUCAUCUCGCGGAUGCGGUACAUCUCGUCGCACAUGGAGUCGCGCUGCCGCAUCGUCGCGCUCUCCACCUCGCUCGCCAACGCCAAGGACCUGGCCGAGUGGGUCGGCUGCACGCCGCACGGCAUCUUCAACUUCCACUCGAACGUGCGGCCCGUGCCGCUCGAGCUGCACAUCCAGGGCUUCGACAUCGCGCACGUGCCGUCGCGCCUGCUCGCCAUGUCCAAGCCCGCCUACUACGCCGUCGUCAACCACGCCGCCGACCGGCCGGCCAUCAUCUUCGUGCCGUCGGCCAAGCAGGCGCAGCUGACGGCGAUCGACCUGCUCACGUACGCCACGGCCGACGACGUGCCGCAGCGCUUCCUGCACGCCGCGCCCGAGGACAUCGCCCCCUUCGCGAAGCACCUCAAGGAGCCGGCGCUGCUCGAGAUGGUCUCCAACGGCAUCGCCUUCCUGCACGAGGGGCUCGGCGCCGAGGAGCAGCGCGCCGUCUGCGCGCUGCACGAGUCGGGCGCGGUGCAGGUGCUCGUGGUGACGCACUCGAUGUGCUGGGGGCUCAAGCCGCGCGCGCAGCUGGUGGUGCUGAUGGACACGCAGUACUACGACGGCGCCGAGCACCGGUACGCCGACUACCCGAUCACCGACAUCCUGCAGAUGAUCGGGCGCGCGUGCCGCCCGCUCGUCGACGAGUCUGGCCGCUGCGUGCUGCUGUGCCACGCGCCGAAGAAGCUCUUCUACCGCAAGUUUUUGUACGAGCCCUUCCCCGUCGAGAGCCACCUGGACCACUUCCUGCACGACCACCUCUGCGCCGAGGUGGUCACCAAGACGAUCGAGAACAAGCAGGACGCCGUCGACUACCUCACGUGGACCUUCAUGUACCGCCGGCUGACGCAGAACCCCAACUACUACAACCUGCAGGGCGCCUCGCACCGCCACCUCUCCGACCACCUGUCCGAGCUCGUCGAGACGACGCUCACCGACCUCGAGCAGGCGCGCUGCGUCGCCAUCGAGGACGGGAUGGAGGUGUCGCCGCUCAACCUGGGCAUGAUCGCCUCGUACUAUUACAUCCAGUACACGACGAUCGAGCUCUUCUCGUCGAGCCUGCAGCCGACCACCAAGCUCAAGGGCCUCGUCGAGAUCCUCGCCUCGGCCGCCGAGUUCGACGCGCUGCCGGUGCGGCACCGCGAGGACGACGUGCUGCAGCGGCUCGGCUCGCACUGCCCGCUCGCGCUCGAGGAGCCGCGCUUCAACGACCCGCACGUCAAGGCCAACGUCCUGCUGCAGUGCCACUUCUCGCGGAUGGACGUCGGCCGCGAGAUGGGGGCCGACGCGGCGACGGUGCUCGAGAAGUCGACGCGGCUGCUGCAGGCGACGGUCGACGUCAUCUCCUCCUCGGGCUGGCUCGCGCCCGCGCUGGCGGCGAUGGAGCUGUCGCAGAUGUGCGUGCAGGGCAUGUGGGACCGCGACUCGGCGCUGCUGCAGCUGCCCCACUUUGACCGCGCGCUCGCCAAGAAGGCGGCCGCGGCGGGCGUCGAGUCGGUCUUCGACCUGAUGGACAUGGAGGACGCCGAGCGCGACGCGCUGCUCGGCAUGACGCCCGCGCAGCUCGCCGACGUGGCGCGCGUCGCCAACGCGUACCCAAACAUCGACCUCUCCUUCGAGGUGGAGGACGCGGACGAGGUGGCCGCGGGCGAGGCGGUCUCGGUGCUCGUGAGCCUGCAGCGCGAGGCGGACGAGGAGGAGGAGGCGUCCAAGCGCGCGCCGCAGGUGCACGCGCCGCGCUACCCGAAGACCAAGGAGGAGGGGUGGUGGCUGGUGCUGGGCGACCCCACCGCAAACUCGCUCGUCUCGAUCAAGCGGAUCACGCUCGGCACCAAGGCGCGCGUCAAGCUCGACUUUGUGGCGCCCGACGCGGGCGAGCACGCGUACAUGCUCUACCUGAUCUGCGACUCGUACCUCGGCUGCGACCAGGAGUACGAGCUCAAGCUCUCGGUCGGCGAGGCGGCGUCGGACGACGAGGAGGAGGACGAGGAGGACGAGGAGGGCGAGUAGGCGGGGGCGGCGGCGGGGGGGCCAUAGCAAGCUAUGUCCAAGCAGCGGCUGGAACGUGCGGUCGUCGUGGAGAACUGGAGUCGGUCAGUCGGACGAUCGAGUCGGAUUCAUAGCGCAGGCGAGUCGGAUAGCUCGCGAGCUACGUACAGGACGUCGGGAGGGUGUCUGCUUGUGCGUCCUCUCUCUCUCUCUCCAAAUUGUUGUCUCGCAUAUAGUCAGCGGUGGUUUGGUAACGUCUAUUUGGUAUCGAAUUCCACAAUACUCUUCUA